AAGCGUGAAAUCUACUUCGGAGUGAGAGAUUGAAAUUGUUUAAAGGAAAAGAAAAAAGAAAAAAGAAAAAAGAAAAAAGAAAAAAGAAAAAAAGGACUGAGAUCCCGCCGUUAAAUGCCGACGGAGGUAUUGUAUUCAGGGAGCGACGGGGCGAUGGGGUGGGGGUGGUCGAUCUUUGAGGGAGUGGUGGCUGUGGGUUCAGUUUCUCUUCUUGGAUGGGCAGGGUUAUGGUUCUUGAAUCGAAGGCUUUACAAAGAGUACGAAGAAAAGCAAGUCCUUGUUCAAAUAAUCUUCAGCGUCGUCUUCGCUUUCUCCUGCAAUCUACUUCAGCUCGUUCUCUUCGAGAUCAUUCCUGUUCUUUCCAAAGAGGCAAGAUGGAUGAACUGGAAGGUGGAUUUGUUCUGUCUCAUACUCUUGCUGGUUUUCAUGUUGCCUUAUUAUCAUUGUUACUUGAUGCUUUGCAAUAGUGGUGUAAGGAAGGAACGGGCUGCUCUUGGAGCCAUGUUAUUCUUACUGGCCUUUCUUUAUGCUUUUUGGCGAAUGGGCGUUCAUUUUCCAAUGCCUUCUCCUGACAAAGGCUUCUUUACCAUGCCUCAAUUGGUCAGCAGAAUAGGGGUGAUUGGGGUCACUGUGAUGGCUGUACUAUCUGGUUUUGGAGCUGUAAAUUUGCCGUACAGUUAUUUGUCUCUCUUCAUCAGAGAGAUUGAGGAAACUGAAAUUAAGGCCUUGGAAAGACAACUAAUGCAAUCCCUCGAGACUUGUAUUGCAAAGAAAAAGAAAAUUAUUCUUUCCCAAAUGGAGAUGGAGCGGGUCCUUGGCUCAGAGGAGAAUUCCAAGAAUAGAUCUUUCUUUAAGCGCCUAGUUGGUACUGUAGUUCGAUCAGUACAAGAGGACCAAAAAGAGCAAGAUAUUAAAAAUAUGGAAGCAGAAGUACAAGCUUUGGAGGAGCUAUCGAAGCAGUUAUUCCUGGAAAUCUAUGAACUUCGUCAAGCUAAGGAGGCGGCAACUUAUUCACGUACCUGGAGGGGUCACAUGCAAAAUCUACUCGGCUAUGCAUGUUCUAUCUAUUGUGUGUAUAAAAUGAUUAAGUCUUUGCAAAGUGUUGUUUUCAAGGAGGCUGGUUCAGUUGAUCCUGUGACAAUGACGAUUAGCAUAUUCUUCCAAUUCUUUGACAUCGGGAUCAAUGCUGCAUUAUUGUCUCAGUAUAUAUCCCUACUAUUCAUUGGCAUGUUGAUCGUAAUAUCUGUACGAGGUUUCUUGACCAAUCUAAUGAAGUUCUUUUUUGCAGUCUCUAGAGUUGGAAGUGGAUCUUCGAGCAAUGUUGUUCUUUUUCUCUCUGAAAUUAUGGGAAUGUACUUUGUCUCAUCUAUUCUUUUGAUAAGAAAAAGCCUGGCAACGGAGUACAGGUUGAUCAUAACAGAUGUAUUAGGAGGAGAUAUUCAGUUUGACUUUUAUCACCGAUGGUUCGAUGCAAUCUUUGUGGCCAGUGCUUUUCUUUCUCUACUUUUGCUUUCUGCGCAUUAUACAUCACGGCAAGCUGACAAACAUCCAAUAGACUAACUCAAAUAAGAUUUGAGAAUACUGGGUAGCUUCAAGAAGACAAAGACUACGGAACACCUCGAGAUCAAAUUCUCAGUUAGGUUGGAUUCUUGCGUUGUCUGGAUGCAUCGAGUGCAAUAAUAGAGAACGUUGCUGGGUAUGGUCUUAGGAUGGGAUUCAUUCUUUUGUGCACAACUUCAUCAUGUAUAGAUAAAGGUUUGACUGGUAGUAUCAAACUUUGUUCCUUCAUUAGUAAAAGCGUUAUUCAAUUUUAUUGAUUAUCCUAUAUAGCAUUGUCUCAAGAUUAUGUCAAGCAGUGAAAAGAUGAGUUUAUGAUAUGUAUGCUUGGUAUUUUUUGAGUUGUGAA